UCAAAUUCUGGAAAAUGACAAGGCAGAACUGGCAAGACAAAGAGACCUGGCUUUAAAGGAAGUUGAAGACCGCAAGAUCAAAUCUCAAGCUCAAUUCGACGUCCUGGUUGGCAAGAUCAAAAAACUUGAAGGAGCCCGGGAUGAGGUUGCUAACGCUGCUGCCCCAAUUGUUCAAGCGAUGUUCUUCAAUAACAACGGCCUGAGUGCACUUGAUGCUUCUAAAAUUUUCGACAAGCUGAGAGUUGCUCUGGAUACAUAUUUCAAGAGCAUCAAAGAAGCUGGAAGUAUGAGAGCAAGUCUGGCGUUGGCGAUGACCAAAUCUCUUUAUCCGAGGGUUGACGUUGAUGCCAUUGAUGGCUUUGCAGACGGGACGAGCGAAGGAGCUGCUCUUGACCUCAUCAGCGAUGCACAAAAAUCUGCUGAUAAGAUAGCAGCUGAUGUAGUUGAGAGAUUUCAGGACACCGAUCUUCGACCGACUGGUCCUGAUAAUUCUGAUGAUGAAAAGACUGAUACUGAUUAA